AUGGAAGAAUCAAAUAACAAUAAUUUUUUAUUUUCACCAGAUUAUAUUUGGUCUCAAUUACUUGAAAAUAAUAAUAAUAAUUAUAAUAAUAAUUAUAAUAAUAUUAAUAAUAGCAUUAAUGAAAAUUUACUAAAUGAAUUGAAUAGUUUUCAAAAUACAGGAGUAUUUGAUUUAGAUACAAAUAUAGAACAGCAGCAACAACAACAACCAACUGAAAUUCAACAACAACUACAAAACUAUCAAGAAUUCCAACAAAAAAAAUAUCAAGAACGUCAAGAACAAUAUCAAAUUCAAUAUCAACAAUCAUAUAUAGAACCUUUAAAUUUUAAUGAAACAUAUAAUAAUGAAACAUAUUGUAAUAUAAUACCACAACCGCCCCAGGUUGAACAACAACAAGAACAAGAACAAGAACAAGAACAACAACAAAAACAACAACAACAACAAUAUAUUGAAAAACAAAUACAAGAAAUAAUAAAAAUACCAGAAAAAAGGCAAACACUUAACCAGAUUCCUAUUGAAAUGAUGCAACAUAAUUUCUUUAAUACACCAAAACUUGAUCAACAACUACUCUCAAAUUAUUCAGACUUUUUUAAAACAAAUCCAAUUUUACCUACAACCACAACAACAACAACAACCACAGCAAUAACAAUAGAUCAACAACAACAAAACCAUAUUGAUAAUCAGUCAUUAAAUAAUUCAAACACAAAAACAUCAAAGAACCAACAAAAAGAUAAUAAUUUACCAAAAAAAAAGAAUUUAUCCUAUGAUAUCACAAAAAUAACAUUUAAUAAUAAUAAUAUAGAAAAAAAGAGAGACCAAACUGAAUCAAGUAAAAAUUUUAGAGAAAAAAAAAAGGAGUAUGUAAAAGAAAUUGAAAGUAAAAUUUUAGCUCUAACCCUUGAAAAUGAUAAACUUAAAAAAGAAAAUGAUUCAUUAAAAACUAUUAAUGGAUCAAAUUUAAUGAGACCAGAACCAGAAUCAAUUAAUAUGAUAAUGGAAUGUAAAAAAAUUAUAAAAAAACUGGAAAAAGCAUUAAUUGAUAAUGAUGAAAGAUCAUUAAUUUAUUUAUUAUAUCAUUAUCAUAGUGAAACAUCAAAAAGGUAUUCAUUAGUAGAAAUUGAAGUUGAUAAAAUUGCAAACCCAUAUUCACAAAUAAAAUUAAAGUUAGCAGGUUAUAUUCAAAAUCCAACAACUUUAGAUAUUUUUGAUGGUAAUUUUAAUAAUAAUAAUAAUAAUAAUGGUAAUAAAGAAGAAGAAGAAGAAAUAUCAUGGUUUAUAAAAUAUAAAAAUGAAGCAAAUCUUACAAUUGAACAAUCAAAUAAAUUAGAUUUAUUACGUAAUCAACAUGGUUUAAUUUUUGAAACCUUAUUAAAAGAAAGAAAACAAUUGGAUAAUGAAAUUUUAAAAGUUUUUAAUGAAAUUAUAAUUGCUAGUUACGAUGGUUCAAAUGCAAAUUUAAUUAGUGAUAAAGGAUUUGAAUUAAAGAGUAAAUUGAAAUCAUUAAAAAUGAAAAUCAUUUCAAGUUUAAAUUUAAAUUUAGAUACAUUCUCAUCAAUUAGUUCCAUUUUAUUACCAAAACAAGAAGCAUUACUUUUGGUUAGAGCUCAUUUAUUUGGUUCAAGUAAAUUAAAUCCUCAAAUGGAUUUUUUAAAUAAUGUUUGGACAAAUAUAAUCUCUUCAAAUUCUUCAUGUAGUGUUUUCGAAAUUUUAAAUUCUUUAAAGGAAUUUUCCGAUUUAGAAAAUUUAGAAUUAAAUAAAAAUUCAUAA